UACGCUAACUGUACUUCCUUUUCCAGGAUUUAGAACAAGAAAUGGAAGCUCAGCAAGCCACUUUCGGUACGUUCAACAUGGCGGCUGAACGCGUGGCUGAGCAUCUUGAUGAAGACUCGCCAGGACUGGACAACAUCCAGGAUAAGAUGGAGGAAUUUAAUGAUCAGUGGAAUAAGAUAACUACUGAAGUUGGUAACAGAAUCGCACUGCUAAAAGGUGUAGAGUCCAAACUCCAACCAUUCAAACUCGAGAUCGACGAGAAGACUUAUUGGUUGAACGAAACAGAAAUGACUCUCAAGUCACCAAAGAUGAAUUUUGACAAUGACAAGAUGUCGAGUGAUGAAUUGUCAAGACAGUAUUCAAUAUUAGAGUCUCUCGACGGUGCCAGAAACCAGCGCAAACCGAGCGUCCUGGCCAUCCAGAAAAAGGGAGACGAAAUCAUGGAGCAGAUUCGUUCCCAGGGAACAAUUCCAGUCUCGUUUGAACACAACCUCAAAACCUUCAAUGAACGCUGGGAGACUGUGACUAAAUUAAUAGACGACAAAAAGCACAAGGCGUCCCUCGCGAGGCAGAGGCGAGAGGUUAUGGAUAUAAAUAGUAAAGUAGAGACGAUUAUAAAGGAAGUUGAACGGUUUAUGGACAUGUUGGGGAUAAUGCCUGAUAAUGAGUAUGAGAUCAAAUCACAGUUGGAUCAAUGCAAGCACAAGAUUGACGAUCUUCACAGCAACGAGAGACAUCUUAUCAAACUCAAGGAACUUUCCAGAAAUCUCUCCAAGGAGGACAGACAAACGCCAAUAUUUCAGAUGACAGUCAAGCGACUCGACGACCGCUGGACAACCGUCUCGUCUAAAAUCGAGGAACGUAAACGACAACUUACGUCAUUACUAGAGUCCGGUCCCCCUCAAGAGUAUCUGACGACCAUGGAUACUGUGUUAUUGAGCAUUAARAACGCUGAGACWUCGUUGGGUGGGGAUUUUCAAAUCACUGAAGUUGGUGGACUUGAGGACCAGAUUAGAAGGAAUAAGCAAAUUCAAACCACGCUACAAGAGCAGAAAAGAAACAUCGACUACCUCAACAGCACCUCAGACAAAUUCAUGAAGUCACURCCUCGWCAGAAACUCGAGCARCUGAGAGCCAAACUUACUGACGUCAACAAUAAAUGGAAAGAUGUUAUCAUGGUGAUAGAAAAACGCCAAACGCUUGCGCAGAAAGCUAUCAACCAAAACAACAAGUUCGCUGAUGAAUUAAAGGGUCUGAACAAAUGGAUUGCUGAGGUGAACGAUUUUUUGAAUGACCAGGAACCGGCUGCGGGUGAUCCCGAAACCCUCGAGGCACAGUUGGAUCAGAGUGAGGCACUCCAAAGUGACAUCACAAAGCUGCAACGCAAACUCGAUUCGCUUAAUGAGACCGCGACCUACAUGUUGGCUAAAGCCACGCCUACCUACGCCCAGCGGCUUCACACACAACAAGAUGACGUGACAAACCGAUGGGACGCGUUAGUACGUCACGCACACCGUGUCAAAGACAAUCUCCUGGCUGCUUUGGAGAAAUAYCAAAAACUUAAYCAUGAUAUGAARGARAUGAGUCACUGGAUCACACAGACUGAGAGAUCUAUUGCUGAUGAUGAUAGGGAUAUUGCUAGCGGAGAGAUUACUAAAGAGAAGAUAGACCAUUAUAAGGAUUUACAGCAAGACGUUUCAAAGCGUGCUCCCGUUGUGGUACGCAUCAACACCACAGCCAAUCAGCUUGCUGAUCACACCAAACAAGGCUCCGCUAAACCACUUGUAGAAAGYCUAAAGAAGCUKAACAGUGAUUGGUCCAGRCUUAAAAAYAAGGUAUGA